AUGCGCGGUCGGGGAGGGCCGGCGGCCGCCUCCUUCCUCCGCCGGCGAGGGGAGGAGGGAACCGGCGCCGCGGAGGAGAGCCGGGCCUGCCGCCCGCGGGGAGGGAGCCGCGCCGGCGGGCAGCGGGGGCGGGCGGGACGGGGAAGGCAGCGGGCCGCCGCCCCGCGGGGAGCGGGACACAGGAGCCUGGGCAGGGGCGCGGCGGCCCCGGCGCGGCCGCCCGGCUGUCACCGGCAGGGCCGGGGAGCUCCGGCCCUCACGCUGCCACCCGGCUCCGCCCCGCCGCGGCUCCCGGGCCGCGCUGCCCCUUCCGCCGCCGAAGGCGGUGCCGAACGAGGCCCGCCCGAGCCGCCCCGCAGGCAGAGCCGCCGGAGCAUGGCCGGGGCGCAGAGCUGCCGUCCCCCCGCGCCGGGUGAAGAUGUCAAACCAUUUACUCCUGAGAAAACCAAGGAAAUUGUGAUGUCUCUACAGCAGCCUGCAGUCUUCUGUAACAUGGUUGGUGACUGGCCAGCCCUGCACUGGAAUGUGAAAUAUCUUUCUGCCGUGUUGGAGGGAAAGACAAUCCAGUUUAGGCUGGGCCUGAAGACAGUGGAUUUAGUUCCUCAGUUUGAAACCAGUUGUAGCUACGUGGAAGCUACACUUGAGGAGUUUUUGGCCUGGAGUUGUGGGCAGCCUUCUUGUCUCUCUGGACCAUUCAGUUGUUAUGAUUACUCCAAAUACUGGGCUUAUGCUGACUACAAGUACAUUGCCAGGAUAUUUGAAGACAAGCCAGAAAUUUUCCAGGAUGUAAGGUGGUCUGACUUUGGUUUUCCUGGAAGAAGUGGAAAAGAGAGCACGCUGUGGAUUGGUUCUGAAGGAGCCAACACCCCCUGCCAUUUGGACUCCUAUGGCUGCAACUUGGUGUUGCAAGUACAAGGAAGGAAGAGAUGGCACCUCUUCCCACCUGGUGACACCAGUUUCCUUUAUCCUACCAGGAUCCCUUAUGAGGAAUCCAGCAUAUUCAGCAAAGUCAACAUUGCCAACCCUGAUCUGAAACGCUUUCCUGAGUUUAGGAACUCAACAGCCCAUGUUGUUACACUCAAUCCAGGACAGGUCCUGCUUGUUCCAAGGCACUGGUGGCACUAUGUGGAAUCCAUUGAUCCUGUCACUGUCAGCAUAAACUCUUGGAUUGAACUGGAUGCAGAUCAUGGAGCCCGUGUAGAAGAGGCCAUAACUCGAGUGCUGGUAUGCGCCAUAAAAUCGGCAGAAAGCCCCAGCGAUGGAGAUCUCUGGUUAAAUCCCACAGAAGUUGAGGCAACAUCCCAUGAGAUCAAUCUUCAGUACCUGAAUAAAGCAGUGUCUGCAUACCUCAGAUGCCAGGAGACAAGUGUGUCAGGACAGGCACGCUCCAGCAGCACCGGUGCAAAGCAGAGGACAAAUGCCUCAUGCAAGAGGAAGAGAAGGGAGGUUGGCUGUGAACCAGAGAGCUGCACAUUACUGACCCAGGAAUGUGACUUUCCAACACCCAAAGCUGAAGAACUGCAGAAAAUCCCUUUUGGGCCUCAUCUUAUUCAGGUUUUACCACAGUCUCACAAAACCAGCGGGAUGGAUGCAGUUGCAGUUGAAUGUGGUGGUGGAGAUCUCCAUGAAAACGAAGGGGAACAUUUUGGAAAAUUACACUGCAAGAGGAAGAGCUCGCUAAUGAGUAAUGACUGUGAGACAGCUGCACAUCCAAUGGAUUCAGACUGCAGUCCAUGCACCUCACAAACAGCCCUCUCUACCAACGACUUGUUAGACUGUCUGGUUAAUCCUCGUGUCAUCAGUUUAGUGGCCCAGCUGCUGUUGGAGAGAAUGGGAGUGUGAUGCUGCAGUGCUUUAUCGUUUCUGAACCAGAAAUCCAACAGCAGCCUUGUUCUGCGUGUUUAAGAUCUGUAAUAAUUGAAUGUUCCAUUUCAAAUAAUUUUUAGGUGCAGAUAGACACAGUUAAUGGUUAAGUGCAGGUUGUAGUUGAGCUGAAAGAAGAAUAGCUGGUUAGUGAUGGAAGAGAAAGGUGUGUUCAGUGAGAGAGCUGCACGGUGCUGUGAACAGAGAACACACACAGUCACAGGCUGUGCAGGUGGGAUCUCCACAGUGUUCUACAGCUCUGAGCUGGAAAACAAGUGUGGCUUGAUGGUAGACAACAGAGGGAGUGCUGGGACAUGGGCACACAGCAGAGGGGGACCAAGGCUGGGAGAUUGAUUGAUUGAUUGUAGAUUGCAGUCCCUGACCACAUUUAAAGUAAAAUGGUCAACAAGCAAUCAGUUGAUUAUGUUAGAAAUAAUAAAUUCAGGUAAACCUAAACCUCAACCAAGAGACAAUGCACUCACUAAUGCAUCUACUUCCUCCCUUCCACUAAAUAACCUCAGUUUUGUCACAAAGCCCUAGGUUGGAGUGAGGCAAAAGCCCUUAGGUGGUUCAGAAGCUCUUGAAGCUGGGAGAUAAGGGCCGCUGGAAAGUUGCUGUUAUUAUGUAUUUAAAGCCAGAUGUGCACAGUCUGCUAUGUCUAAGAAACAAAGCAAAACAGCCAUGACUUUUUGCCUGUGUCCCUCUCUUUACCACAACAAUCAAAAUGUAUUUUUUUUCUUUUGGUUCUAAAUGGUUGCUGUACAAGAUCAUCCUUUCUUCAAAGGAUGGUGGUCCUUGGAUUUGUUUUUGAAGGCUAGGUUGUUCUUUGAUUGAAAAGUUAGGGAACAAGAAAUUUAGGCAAGAAGGUUUCUUAACUCUGAAGCUAUGCAUGGAGUCUUGAACACCUGGGAAGAAAGCUGCUAGCAUCUUCCAGGAUGCUCUCACCUCCUCUGAUUUCUGUUUGUGGUGACAACAGAGGCAUUUUCCCUAACCACAGUUUCAAGAGACAGCUUCAGGGACAGCUCCUGUGAAACCUUUGCUUUUAAAAUGUCUCUUUGCUUGUGUCUGCUAGAGACCAAGAAAUCGGUUUCUGUCAUCAGCCUGUUCCCGUAUCCAUCGCCUUGCACCACCAGCCCUCCCUCCAGCUGGUAUUUCCUUUGCUUGGUGUGUGUUCCCUGCUAAAUACAUGAAGCUAGUGCUGUUUACACAAAGAUCACCUUCCAUUAAUUUAUAGCUGAAAAAUCCUGAUAGCAAAGGUGCUUCCUCUCUGCUUUUAUUCAGAUUGCUUGUUGGCAGGGCCCUGAUGAAUUAUGGUAAGGGCUUUAGAUAUGCACUAAUACAUCAGAAAUUCAGGAAACCUUGCCAUUUCAAAAAUCUCCCCAAAAUCCUAAUACACUUGGAAGAGGAUUAAGCUGGAAAGGCUCAAAGGUUCACGUUUAACAAGCACAGAAACCUUGCCCUGAUGGAAACAGAGCUGUGUAUGUCAUUUGCUGGAGACCCUGGCUUUGAAGAGUGGCUGUGAGUCAGUAGCAGAGGCCACACGAGCUCCGUCUCUGACCCACAAAUGUGCAGUUCCCACUGUCCUGCUCUGCCCUGGUAUUUGGGCUCAGACCCUGAUAACCCCUGUGUGUGAUCCUCAAGGGCAACCUGCAGGUGAGAUACCAUUCUCAGCAAGGUGAGAAAAUCCACUGCUCUUAUUUCAUGUCUCUACACCAAAGGCCUCAGUGGGGUUGCACCCUUGCAACCAGACCAGAAUUUAAUAAACAAUCCUGUUGAUAACA